AUGACCAUUGCCACGAUUCUUAAUAAAUAUUUCACCUCUAUUGGCAAAAAGAUUCAGAAAGUUUUUACUAAUAUACCAACUAUCUGGCCAGACAACAUUAAGUACAAUUAUCCAUCUAAAUUUCAGCUUCUAAGUGUCACAAGUGAAUAUGUUGAAUCUGAGUUGCUCAAGCUGAAAUCUAACAAAAGUGCUGGAUUAGACAAGAUUAGUGUAAGAAUGAUGAAGGAUGUGGCUGGUGUAAUUGCUCCCGUACUUACAAGAAUUAUCAACAAUUCCUUCCUUAAUGGAUGUUUUCCUAAGAGAUGGAAAUCCGCAAAGGUGUUUGCGUUAUUUAAAGAUGGAGAAAGGACAUCUAAAGAUAACUAUCGCCCUAUCUCAGUCCUCUCGGCCGUUAGUAAAGUUAUCGAAAGGAUUGCACAUGAUCAACUGGGUGGUUACCUAAAGGAAAACUCCAUUCUAACCUCGACGCAAUUUGGUUUUCGAGCAAAUC